CAACUGUCAUUAUUUUGUUUACAAACAACUCGAUCUCAAACCGUUUUAUGGUGGACAAAUGCCUUGGAAUUUGCUUUAAAAUACAAUUAAAUAUUUAAUUUUGAAACAAAGAUGAGUUUAACGAAAGAAAAUACGUGUAAUAUAUGUUUAAGCCAGACCCAAGUGUUCAAAUACGACGUUAGUGAAGACGAAAUAUUGUCCCAAAUACCUUUGCUAAAGAAUUUAGAGCUCAAUUCACUAUGUUCGUGGUGUGAAGCGACUUUAAAAAAAAUAUCGUCAUUUUUAAAUCUAGUACAAGAAUCGCAGAGGAUUCUCAAUAAUCCUGAAGAAAUCGGAUCGAUUAAACGUAAUCAUCCUUUGAUACAUACAAAUGAAUUUGACGUACCCGCCUUCAAUGAAGUCUACCUUCAGGACGGGGUUUAUGAGGAUUACUAUAGUGAAAACAAGUCCGACAAAAAUAUUAAAAAAAGAAGGAUGAGGCCCAAGCAGUCAAUGCAAUUUACAGUGAAACAUCUAUCAUUGGAUGAACAGAGAGAGGAGAUUGAAUUGAAGAAGGGGUCGCCGGAAUAUACAGAAAGGAAUUAUAAAUGCAAGGACUGUGGUCUUGGCUUUAUCAGUGAAGAUGUCUUCGAAGAGCACAUCGUGAAGCAUUCAGAGUCAAAUGGCGCGAAUAUGUGCGAUGUGUGCACAUUACGAUUCAAAUCAAAGACGGUAUUGACACAACACAAACUACUACACUCCCGCGUGUUUGUCUGUAAUAAAUGUGGUGUUCAUAUAAAAAAGUGGUCUCACGCUCUCACACACAGACACAAGUGUUGGGACGUUUGUGUAUCUGUGUGCGUGUAUUGUAAGAAAGUGUUCAACAAUAAAAACUCCUUGGAUGUUCAUAUAAGAGGGGUUCAUAAGAAUAUUAAGAAAUACGUUUGUGUCGAAUGCAAACGACUUUUCGGUACAAAACAACGUCUGCGGGUGCAUAUGAGAUCACACACUGGCUCUAAACCUUUCGUGUGUGACUGCGGUCGUAAAUUCACGACUAAAUCGAAUCUAAAGUCCCAUCAAAACGUGCACAGCAGUUCCAGAGAACAUUACUGCGUUGAGUGCAACAGAUAUUACAAGACUGAGAGGGGCUUGAAGAAACAUUAUAAGGACACGUUGAAGCACGGGGGAGAUGGCGCGGUUCCUCGCUCUCAGUGUGAUGAUAAAUUUCAUUCGGAGACCGCUGUCAGCUCGCAUGUUCGAGUCAGACACUCCACGGAGUAUACCUGCGGUGUGUGUAACAAGAAUUAUUCAAGCAACUCUAAUCUUAGGAAACAUCUCCGCAGCGUGCACAACCUGACAGAUAUAGAUAUUGCGUAAUAAAUAAUAUGAAAAAAAAAUAAUUAUUUUUUAUUUCAUCUUCAAAGAAAUUUAUCAAAAUUAAUUCAUUAUCCUCUUAUUUUUUAUCU